CGGGUAGUAUUGGUCAGCGUCAGUAGCAUGCAUGAUUAAGUAGACUUACAAGUAGUGAUAUUUAUGUGUGGACAUGAUGGUUGUAAGAAUUGGAGUUCAUAAAAUGUGGAAGCAUUCAGUUUUAAAUUUGGUGUUGGUGUUGGUGUUGGUGUGUUGGCAAAUGAUGGGUUGCUGCUCAAUAACUACGUUUGUGUUCGGAGACUCAUUGGUGGACGCAGGAAAUAAUAACUAUUUGUUUACACUCUCCAAGGCCAACUCUCCUCCUUAUGGCAUCGAUUUUAAGCCUUCUGCUGGUCUUCCCACCGGAAGAUUUACCAAUGGCCGCACCAUCCCUGACAUUGUUGGUCAAGAACUUGGGUCUAACUCUUUUCCACCACCUUAUCUAGCACCAAACAACAAGGGUGAUGCAAUUAUCAAAGGAAUUAAUUAUGCUUCUGGGGCCUCUGGAAUCUUAGAUGAAACAGGUUCCUUAUUUAUUGGAAGAGUUCCUCUAGAACAACAAAUAAGCUAUUUUGAGGAAAGUAGAAAUUACAUGGUCAACGUGAUGGGUGAGAAUGGCACUACAGAAUUCCUGAAGACAGCAAUCUUUUCACUGACCACAGGAUCGAAUGAUAUUCUUAACUAUGUGCAGCCAUCAAUACCAUUUUUACAGGGUGACAAGGUUUCACCUGCUCUCUUGCAGGAUUUUAUGCUUUCUAACCUAACCAUACAUCUUAAGCGUUUACAUGAAUUAGGAGCAAGAAAAUUCAUCAUAGUUGAUGUUGGACCUCUUGGCUGUAUACCAUUUGUUCGUGCUUUAAAUUUAUUACCAAUCGCGGAAUGCUCCAUAAAAGUGAAUCAAUUAAUCAAAGGCUACAACAAGAAACUGAAAAAUAUGGUCAAUGGAUUGAAUCAAGAACUGGGACCGGAAGCAAUGUUCGUGUAUGCCAAUUCUUUUGAUAUUGUCCUAAGUAUUAUCCUUGAUUAUCAUCAAUACGGAUUUGAAAAUGGAUUCGAACCAUGUUGCGGGGGGAACUUUCCGCCAUUUGUGUGCUUCAAGGAAAGCAAUGGGGGCGCGAUGAGUUCCGUUCUGUGUGAUAAUAGAGAAAAGUAUGUAUUUUGGGAUGCAUAUCACCCUACAGAAGCAGCCAAUAUCAUCAUUGCCAAAAAGCUGCUUGAUGGGGAUCAAAGUGUUAGCUUUCCAAUUAACAUUAGGCAACUCUAUCACUAUAAUUCAUACUAGUAAUAAGAUGUAAAAGUAUUAGUUUUAUGUUGAUGUUAGUAGACCGUAAUAAAUUUACUUCUGCAGUGAAUGUGAUUGGACAACAUUAAUGAAAAUCAUUCUCCUAAGCAAAUGCGAGCUAGCCCUUUUCCCAAUUUUCUAUUGUGUUGUGUAAUACUAAAUGGUUGACUUUGUGAUCCGAAAAUAAAAAAAAAUAA